GGCAGCCGGGCCGAGGGAGGUGGGUCUGACAGUUGGCGCCGCCGGGAGGGCGGGCGGCGCGAGUGGGCGCGGGCCCAGAGGGCCAGACCGUAGCCUGCCAAGCUCCUCUGUCCAUGGGAUUUCCCAAGCAAGAAUACUAGAGUGGGUUGCCAUUUCCUCCUCCAGAGGAUCUUCCAGACCCAGGGAUCGAAUCUGAGUCUCCUGCAUUGCAGGCAGAUUCUUUACCACCGAGCCACCAGGGAGGAUACCAGUACCUAAAGGCUUCUAGUCGUGGUGACGAGGCACUGAGGCUCCAGGGAGCGGCGUGAAGGCCCGGGAGACAAUGGUCUCAGUGACUAUGGCCACUUCCGAGUGGAUCCAGUUCUUUAAGGAAGCCGGCAUUCCUCCAGGACCUGCUGUCAAUUAUGCUGUGAUGUUUGUGGAUAAUAGAAUCCAGAAGAGCAUGCUGCUGGACCUCAACAAGGAGAUCAUGAACGAGCUGGGCGUGACCGUGGUGGGCGACAUCAUUGCCAUCCUCAAGCAUGCCAAGGUGGUGCACCGCCAGGACAUGUGUAAAGCUGCCACUGAGUCGGUGCCCUGCAGUCCCAGCCCCCUCCCAGGCGAGAUUCGUCGAGGUGCCUCAAGCGCCGCCUCCCGAAUGAUCACCAACAGCCUGAACCGAGACUCUCCACCUGGCACUCCCCCCAGGCGGCCGGACACCAGCACCUCCAAGAUCUCUGUCACCGUGUCCAACAAGAUGGCAGCGAAGAGUGCCAAGGCUGCUGCAGCCCUGGCACGCCGAGAGGAGGAGAGCCUGAGUGUUCCCACCAAGCGGCGCCGUGUGACGGCCGAGAUGGAGGGGAAGUACAUUAUCAACAUGCCCAAAGGCACCACCCCCCGGACCCGGAAGAUCCUGGAGCAGCAGCAGGCAGCGAAAGGUCUCCACAGGACAUCUGUGUUUGACCGCCUCGGCGCUGAGACCAAGGCAGACACCACAACGGGGAAUAAACCCACCGGAGUCUUCAGCCGCCUGGGGGCCACCCCCGAGACAGACGAGGACCUGGCCUGGGACAGUGACAACGACAGCAGCAGCAGCUCUGUCCUACAGUACGCCGGGGUCCUGAAGAAGCUGGGCCGCGCCCCCGCCAAGGCCAGCCCGCAGCCCGCACUGCCUGUCAAAGCCAAGGCCACGAGCUCGGCACCGGCCGCUGCCGCCCCCACGCUGCGGCGCCUGGCCCUCUCCUCGCGCCCAGCGCCCGAGAGGAAGCCGGAGGCCCUGUCCAAAGUCAGCAUCAUCCAGAGACUGGGCAAGCCCGCCCUCGUGCCCGAGGCCCAGGACAGCCAGGUCACCAGCACCAAGAGUAAGUCCUCCGCUGAGGUCAAGGUCACCAUUAAGAGGACUCUGGUGGGGCCCCGGGGGAGCAGCUCCAGCGAGGGCCUGGGUGCCCAGAUGGACCACACGGGCACCGUGAGCGUAUUCAAAAGACUGGGCCGGAGGACCUUCUAGCCCCAGGGCGGGGCGCAGGCCCCUCUCCUGACUCCCGGCUCCGUCAGUCUUCAGCGAGGGUGCGUCACCCCUCCCCGCCGGCUUCCGGAUGACUAGUCGCCCUCAGGUGUUCUGCCGGCCUGAGCUUUCCGGGGAGCCAGCUGGGUGUUCUGAGUCCGAAAGGGUCGCCGUGGCCCGGCCUUGCCGCUCUGGGACUUCCCUUCUCUCCCGUCCUCUGUUCUCUCCUCUUGACUGUGGCCUUGGCAGGACCUCCCCCUUUUACCUCUCCCAGUGCCAAGGACCCUUCUCCUCCCUCCAUGCCCUUCCUCUCUCCCAGCAGCAUCUGCUGCCUCAAACCCCCAUUCUGGGGCCUCCCUGUCCCCCAGAGUGGGUGCACCCCGAGGGGCCUCUGUGUCCCCCACCCGUGACUUCCUUGCCCGCCUGCCUCUGCCCACCCCCCACUGCUUUGCCCUCCCCCACUCUCUCCUGAUCUUCACUCUGUUCAUUUCUUUUCUGUUUUCUGUCCCCGUGGCAAGGCCCGACUGUCCGCUGCGUCCUGCCUGACCCUCCUGCACCUCCGGCCUCCCAGCGGCGCCCUCGUCGGCGGUGGCGUCGAGCCAGUAGAGACUGUUAGCCGCCCUCACUCCCAGGCUGGAGGGACCUUCCCAGACCCCGGGCUGCGGCCAGGGCACCCGUCCGGGUCUCUCUUCUCCCUAAAAGUCUGUGGCGGGUGGCGGGUAAGGGGCACUGAGAUGGGAAGCCAACACCGAGAGAAGAAAACAGCUAUUUUAAUAUAUUUUUGUGACUUUCAGACUGUUUCCCUCCCCUCCUUCAGGGGGUUGCAGGAUUGUUUUUUACACGAGGCACAGGAUAGGCUUGGCGCCCGUGGAGAGUUGGGCCAGCUCCCUCACACCUGUAGGCCGUGAUUUUGCUACCAGCUCUGGGGUGAAGGGAGUAAGAGUCAUGGUCAUCAUCCACUUGGGCCACCUCCUCCUCCUCUGGGCAGCCCACAGGGAUUCUGUCCAUCUGCCCUCCUCUUCAUAGGUUUCCCUCGUUUCUGCCAAUCUGCCUGUGAAUGGUUUUCCAGAUCACAGCUCCACUGUGAGGCUGUGGGUUCCUGUGGACUGGGUUGUUCACCUGCUCACUGCUGUGUGGCACCUGCUGUCUGCCAGGCCCAUUCUAGGGGCUGGGGCUCCAUCCAUGAGCCAAACAGACCUGUCCCUGUCUGCGUGGCUGACCUCGCCAGCCAGAGAGACAAGCAGUAAAGUGAUCAUGCUGCUCAGAGUCGGAAGGAAGGAUGAGCGCCCGUGACCAGGGUCUCUAGAUGUUUGGGGUAAGAAGGCCUUUCGGAGGAGGUGACCUGUGGGGUGGUUUAUGUGAAGUUCAGGAGCAGAGUGCUCAGGCAGGGUAAACAGGCAAGGCCAGGCCCUGAGGUGGGACCGGGGGACACGGAGGAGACCAGCAUGGCUGGUGCCCGAGUGAGUGAGUGACGGGCCUAAGGAAUUUGAACCCCUUCCCGAGAGCAUUGAGUUUGGGAGGGUUUGAGGCAAACAAGUGGUGAUCUGAGUUGCCUUGUGUGAAGGUUGCUGGGGCCACCGUGAGGAGGAGAAGUUGUCGGGAGGGUGGGAUGGAGGCAGGGAGGCAGCCUGGGGGGGAGUGGUGGGCUGGGGAGGAGAGAAAGGUGUGGACUUUGGGGUGCCUCGAGAGGGGCAGCAGGAUUCUCCCUGCGGAUGGGUUGGAAUUUGGGAAAAGACAAGGGGCUGGAUCACGCCUGGAUGGGGGACUUGAGCAUCCAGAGAAACAUGCUGUUUCGUAGCCCUGGGUGGGGCGGGAGGGCGCUCAGGUUUCACCGGGUUGACUGAGAGGUGAGCAGUCUGCGGGGAAUGCUCAGGGCCCAGCCAUGUUCGCAGCCGCGGGCCUGGUGAUACCAGCUACAGGAGAACAUAGAGAGAGAGGGGACCCAGAGGGGAGUGGGGGUGCUGUUCUCACCUGGAGAAUAGUCUCUGACAAGGAGAUUACCAAGGAGUGGUCAGGGAGUUAGGAGGAGAACUGAGAGCAGGUGAAAGUGAGGUUAGACUGCAUCCUUUUUUUUUUUUCCAUUUUCCAUUUCAACACAACACCAACCAUUUGAACCGUUCUUACGUGUCCUCUUCAGUGGCACUAAGUAUAUUCAUACUGUUGUGUAACCGUCAUCCGUCUCCAGACCUGUUUUUGUCUCCAUAAAUGAUCAUCCACUUAUUUUUAGUUUGUCGGCGACGUCAUACUGGGAGGCUGCUGCUCGCCAGGCAGAGUCCACGCACUGGGCCUGUGGUGUGAGGGGCCGGCCUUCAGUAUGAGGGGCAGUGAUAGAGCAGCCAUAGUCCCCCUCUCCUGGUGAGGGUCCAGGCCAGACCCUCGUGGGGCUGGUUGAGGUUGCUGACCUCAAGGACAGCAAAGGAUGGUGAUGUCAAGAUCCCAGAGGCCGCCCGUUUGAGUCAGGGCCACAAGGAGGCGCUCACACACAGAGACACUUUCCAUGUGGUUCUUCACCUCUUCUUUUUUUUCUUUAAAAACCCUCCUAGUGACUUCCUUGAGUUCCACCUCAUAGAUAGCUUCAUCAACUGUCAGGGUUGCCUGGAAGGGUUCCAGUUACUAAAUUUAAGAGCGCAGGGUAAUUUCUUAAUGCACAAUGGGAACUAAAAUGAUAUAAAAAUGUGUAGCUCACUUAGCACGACAAGCUUACCUGCUGUGAGGUAAGUCGAGGCACUGUUGCUCCUUACAGAGGCGCGGAGGGGGACAGACAGCUGGCGAGUGGCGGCACUGGGCGUGACGUUGGGAGGUGAGCAGGCGCCUCGCCCUCAGCCCCGGCCCUGUGCUGCCUCACCUGCAGAUCGGAACAGGGCCCCUUUUCGUAAAGGGGAGGGCAGGGUCCUGGGAGAGUGGUUUUGGGUGUCCUCGAGUUGUUUGCAUGUACACGCUACCCCGUCACCUACCCCAGGGAGCACUUGCAGCUCUGGAAGGCCAUGGGCCUUGAGGGCCGUGCCCACCCUGCCACCGCCUGCCUGACAGAGUGGAGCUCAGCCUCCCAGUCACUCCAGCGUCCCACCCAUUUGAUUCGGCGAUUCUCCCAAGCUAGCCCUAACAGCUGUGGCCCACAGGGGUGUAUUACUUUUUCCUCUGGUUCUCUGAAACAUUUUCGAGAGUAAGUAUUGGGGUGGCCAAAAAGUUCAUUGGCUUUUCCAUAAACAUCUCACAGAAAAACCUGAACAAAAUUUUUGGUCACCCCAAAGACUACAUACACCCGGUACAAAAUGCCAAGAUACAAAGGCUUCACAGUGAAAAGUUCUUUCCAAGUCUCCUAGCUCCCCAGCCCCCUCCUCAGAGGCCACCAGUGUUGUGAGUGUCUUGGAUCACCCUUCCAGAGAUGUGUCUCUGUGUGCGUGUGUGUAUACACACACACACAUAUGUGCAUGCAUACAUAUAGCCAGAGGAACACAAUACACACAUGUGCACACACAUGUUAAUGGCCUAGCUUACUCAACCAGUCCUUUAGGGAAGGGAAUUCAUGUUGUUUCCAGUUCCUCGUUAUUACAAGUAGUGCUGCUAUGGGGAAAGGUGGGUUUGGUUCAGGGGUGAAUUAGAAGAACUUCAGUGACACCACUUCAGUGCAAACACUGAUGUUGGGUCAACAGCACAUCCCAAUGAGGUUCUCCCCCAAAAGUCUUGGCAUUCUUCAGUUGAUUUACUUAUACAUGUAUCACCCCAUUCCAGAGAGGAAUUAAGAGCAGUUAGACCUGUCUAAUUGGAGGCCACUGGAGGAAGGGGAUCAGGGGAUGUGCAGAAGUAAUGCGGACCACCAUCCAGGUGCCAGGAAGUACAAAGUAUGUGCUUUGCUACGUUAAUUAGACUUAAGAGGUCUUUGCACAUGUGGAGCCUGCCUGUUUAUGCUGCUUCUAGGAACCCUGCAGCCACCACUGUGGAGAUGAGCCUGGGCUAGGCAGCUGCAUAAUGAGAGACACGUGGCAUGGCCAAAAAACAAAGUAAUCUUCAUAUGGAACCCCAAUAUAUAAAACAUGUUUAAAAGAGAAAAGCAGUCAUUUGUUAGCAUACAUUUAUCUGAUUAUUUUGCAUUAAUUCAUGCAAACAACACAAAAUUCAAAGGUACAAAAGGAUGUAUACAAUAAGACUUUUGUGCCCAGUGGACUGGAGAAAAGAUUGAAGUCUCAAGUGUUGGGGAAGAUGUGGGAUAGUAGUGGUAUGUAGACCGCUGUUGGAAUGUAAGUUGGCAUCAGCAUUUUGGAAAACAGUUUGAUAUGUUGUAGCAUAAUUGAAGAUGACAUAUUCGCCAAUCCACCAGUUACCAUUCUGGAGAAAUUUACACAUGCAUCCAGAGCAGGUAUCAGAAUGUCCGUAAGAUCACUGUUGUAAUAGCAUAAACUUAGAAACAACCCAGAUAUCCAUUCAGCUGGAGAGUGGGCAAGUUGUAGCAUAGAUAUUCUAGUUACCUAAUGCAUAGCGGAUCACCUCAAAACUUAGUGGCUUAAAUCAGUAAUCAUUUCCUGUGGUUCUGGGGGGUUGACUAUGCUCAAUAAGACUGUUGUAACUUGGGGCUCUCAUGUGCUUGGUGUAAGAUCUUGGCUGGGACUGGUGUCCUCUUGAAAGCCUCCUCAGUUGUCUGGUGGUUAGCCAGUACUGGUACUGAGAUAAAACCUCAGUGUGGGCUAUCAGCCAGGAUGCCUACAUACAGCUCCUCCAUGUGACCUGGGCUUCGUUACAACGUGGUGGCUGGAUUCAAAGUGCGCUCUUCUCGAGAGAGUCAGGGAAAAGUAUAUCACCUUUUCUAACCCAGCAUUGGAAGUCACCUUGCUUCACUUCUGCCACAGUCACUAGCCUGCCCAGAUUCAAGAGGGACCACAGGCCGUGGCUGUCAAGACAAGAAAGUCAAUAUCUCGUUGUAAGAGGGAUGAGAGAUCAUCUUGAAAAAUUAGACGUCAAUACUGGUUGUAUUAUGUAUUGAGUGUUGAUAUUAUACUUUGAUGAAAACUAAAGUUGUGCAUAUCAAUAUGAAUAAAGCAAAACAUUGAGUGGUAAAAGCAAA